AUGGCCGACGCAGUCGGAGGAGCGGCCAAGGUCAAUGGCCACGCAAAUGGCUAUCCCAGCAGCUAUGCCGCCAAGUACAACCUGGCCUCCCACUUCAUUGGGGGCAACGCGCUCAAUAAGGCGCCUCCCACCAAAGUGAAGGACUUUGUGCAAGCACAUGAUGGGCACACUGUCAUUACCAACGUCCUGAUUGCGAACAACGGUAUUGCGGCCGUCAAGGAAAUCCGAUCAGUACGGAAAUGGGCCUACGAGACGUUUGGCGACGAGCGGGCCAUCCAGUUCACUGUGAUGGCCACGCCCGAGGAUUUGGGCGCCAACGCCGACUACAUCAGGAUGGCGGACCAGUACGUUGAAGUGCCCGGUGGCACCAACAACAACAACUACGCCAACGUGGAGCUCAUCGUCGACAUUGCGGAGCGUAUGAACGUGCACGCCGUGUGGGCAGGAUGGGGACACGCCUCUGAAAACCCAAAGCUCCCCGAAUCCCUCGCAGCAUCACCGAAGAAGAUUGUCUUUAUCGGUCCCCCUGGCUCGGCUAUGCGAUCGCUCGGUGACAAGAUCUCCUCCACGAUCGUCGCCCAGCACGCCAAUGUGCCCUGUAUCCCAUGGUCCGGAACCGGCGUUGACGAGGUCGAGGUCGACGACAAAAACAUUGUGACUGUCGCCGACGAUAUCUACCAAAAGGGCUGCGUCAACAAUGUCGCUGAAGGUCUCGCGGCAGCCAAGAAGAUUGGAUUCCCCGUCAUGGUCAAGGCUUCAGAAGGAGGUGGUGGAAAGGGUAUCCGAAAGGUCGAAGACGAGGAGAGCUUCGAGGCACUAUACAAGGCUGCUGCCAGUGAAAUUCCUGGCUCGCCCAUCUUCAUCAUGAAGCUCGCUGGCAAUGCAAGACAUCUGGAGGUGCAGCUGCUGGCAGAUCAGUACGGCAACAACAUCUCCAUCUUCGGCCGUGACUGUUCGGUGCAGCGAAGACAUCAGAAAAUUAUCGAGGAGGCUCCCGUCACCAUUGCCCCUCAGAAGACCUUUCAGCACAUGGCAGACGCUGCUGUGUCGCUCGGCAGACUGGUGGGAUACGUCUCAGCCGGUACUGUCGAAUAUCUCUACUCGCACUCGGACGACAAGUUCUACUUUUUGGAACUGAACCCCCGUCUUCAGGUCGAGCAUCCAACCACUGAGAUGGUCUCAGGCGUCAACAUCCCAGCCGCCCAGCUCAUGGUUGCCAUGGGUAUUCCACUCCACCGCAUCCGUGACAUUCGCUUGCUCUACGGCGCGGACCCUCACACCAGCACCCAGAUCGACUUCAACUUCGAGAAGGAGAACAGCGCCACGCACCAGCGCCGACCGAUGCCAAAGGGCCACUGCACGGCUUGCCGUAUCACUUCCGAAGAUCCAGGCGAGGGCUUCAAGCCAUCUUCUGGUACUAUGCACGAACUGAACUUCAGGUCUUCCUCGAACGUCUGGGGCUACUUCUCCGUCGGUGCUGCAUCCGCCAUCCACAACUUCUCCGAUUCGCAGUUCGGUCACAUUUUUGCAUACGGCGAGAACAGACAGGCAUCCCGAAAGCACAUGGUUGUUGCUUUGAAAGAGCUGAGCAUUCGUGGUGACUUCAGGACAACGGUCGAAUACCUCAUCAAGUUGUUGGAGACUCCAGCUUUCGAGGAGAACACGAUCACUACGGGAUGGCUCGACGAGCUGAUCAGCAAGAGACUGACAGCCGAACGACCAGACCCCAUGAUUGCUGUUAUCUGCGGUGCUGUCACCAAGGCACACGUCGCCAGCGAGGCUUGCCUGAACGAGUACAGGACUGGCCUUGAGAAGGGUCAAGUCCCUAGCAAGGACAUCCUCAAGACCGUCUUCCCCAUCGAGUUCAUCUACGAGGGCAUGAAGUACAAGUUUACCGCGACUCGAUCCAGCGGCGACACCUACACUCUCUUCAUCAACGGCAGCAAGGCGCUUGUGGGUAUCCGAGCCCUCUCAGACGGUGGUCUGCUAGUGCUUCUCGGUGGACGCUCGCACAACGUCUACUGGAAGGAGGAAGUUGGCGCUGUCCGCAUGUCUGUUGACGGCAAGACCUGCUUGCUCGAGCAGGAGAACGACCCAACUCAGCUCAGGACACCUUCGCCCGGUAAGCUCGUCAAGUACUCUGUUGAGAACGGCGAGCACGUCAAGAAGGGCCAGGCUUUCGCUGAGGUCGAAGUCAUGAAGAUGUACAUGCCUUUGAUCGCUCAAGAAGACGGUAUCGUCAACCUCAUCAAGCAGCCAGGCGCGACUCUCGAGGCUGGUGACAUUCUCGGUAUCUUGGCUCUGGACGACCCAACCAAGGUCAAGUCUGCUCAGCCAUUCCUUGGACAGCUCCCAGAUAUGGGCACCCCAGUCGUCCUCGGUACCAAGCCACCGCAGCGAUUCGCCUUCCUCAAGGGUGUCCUCCUGGCCAUCCUCCAGGGUUACGACAACCAGGUCAUCAUGAACCAGACGCUCAAGGAAUUCGUUGCUGUUCUCCGCGACCACGAACUGCCAUAUGGUGAAUGGAAUGCCCAGGCAUCUGCCCUCCACUCGCGUAUGCCACAGAAGCUUGACGCUGGUUUCGAGCAGAUCGUUGAGCGUGCUCACAGCAGAAAGGCUGAGUUCCCAGCACGUCAAUUGCGCAAAGCGUUUGACCGCUUCCUUGCGGAGAACGUCUCUGCGGGCGAUGCUGAGCUUCUCCGUGCUUCUUUGACUCCCCUGACCGACAUCAUCGCCAAGUACGAGGAUGGCUUGAAGGCACACGAGUUCGCUGAGGUUAUCACCCUCUUCGACCAGUACUACAACGUCGAGAACAUUUUCUCUGCGCGCCAGAACCGUGAUGAGGAGGUCAUCCUGUCCCUUCGUGACGCCAACAAGGACAAGGUCGCCAGCGUUGUCCAGAAUGUGCUCUCUCACACCAGGGCCAGCCCCAAGAACAACCUCGUUGUUGCUCUGCUCCACGCCUACCGACCAAACCAGCCUGGUGUCGGUAAUGUCGCCAAGUACUUCCGUCCAGCUCUUCAGAAGCUUGCGGAGCUUGAGGGCCGUGCUACCGCAAAGGUUGCACUCAAGGCUCGUGAGCUGCUCAUCCAGUGCGCUAUGCCAUCGCUUGAGGAGCGUACUUCACAGAUGGAGCACAUCCUGCGCUCUGCCGUUCUCGAGUCUCGCUACGGUGAGAGCGGUUGGGACCACAGAGAGCCCAACUACGAUGUGAUCAAGGAGGUUGUGGACUCCAAGUACACCGUCUUCGAUGUGCUGCCACACUUCUUCGUUCACCAGGAUCCAUGGGUCUCCCUCGCUGCUCUCGAGGUCUACACCCGCCGCGCCUACCGUGCGUACACUCUCAAGACGAUUGAGUACCUUGCCGACAACGACGUGCCGUACGUCCUUGCUUGGGACUUCUCCCUUAGGAAGGUUGGAGACUCCGAGUUUGGUCUGCCAAUCUCGUCAUCACACCCAUCGACCCCUGGCACCCCAGCUGAGGGCUUCGGUCGUGUGCACUCCAUCAGCGACAUGAGCUACAUUGGCCGUGAAGUUGGUGGUGCCGAGCAGCCACGUCGUGGUGCAGUCGUUCCGGUGCCGUUCAUUGACGAGGCCGACGAGUACCUCAUGAAGGCCCUCGAGUCAUUCCCCGUCGCUGCCGGACAUAAGAGCAAGGCGGACGCGGGAGGCACUCUUAUGGCUGACCUCUCUAAGAGACGUGCUGGUCAGACGCCCAAGAUUGAGAGCGAGGAUGAGCUGACUGCCGUGUGCAACGUCGCUGUCCGCGACUCUGAGAGCACCGAUGACAAGGAGAUCCUCUCCCGCCUCAUCCCAAUCGUCAAGGAAUACAAGGAGGAGCUGCUCGCCCGCCGCGUUCGCCGUCUGACAUUCAUCUGCGGUCACCAGGAUGGCACAUACCCAGGCUACUACACUUUCCGUGGCCCGACCUACGAGGAAGACAGCAGCAUCCGUCACAUCGAGCCAGCCCUUGCCUUCCAGCUUGAGCUUGGACGUCUGUCCAAGUUCAACAUCAGGCCAGUCUUCACUGAAAACCGCAACAUCCACAUGUACGAGGCGAUUGGCAAGAACGCCGAUUCUGACAAGCGUUACUUCACUCGUGCCACCGUCCGUCCUGGCCAUCUCCGCGAGGACAUCCCAACUACCGAGUACAUGGUGUCUGAGGCUGAUCGUCUCAUGACCGACAUCCUGGAUGCCAUGGAGAUUGUUGGCAACAACGGCUCUGAUAUGAACCACAUCUUCAUCAACUUCUCGACUGUCUUCCCUCUCGAGCCCAAGGAGGUCGAGGAGGCUCUCGGGGGUUUCUUGGACCGCUUCGGCCGUCGUGCAUGGAGAUUGCGUGUCACUGGUGCUGAGAUCCGUCUCAUUUGCACCAACCCAGAGACCGGCGCUCCGUUCCCAAUGCGCGUCAACAUCACCAACACUUCUGGAUACAUCAUCCAGGUCGAGCUUUACGAGGAGCGCAAGAGUGACAAGACCAACGAGUGGCUCUUCCACAGCAUUGGUGGCACCACCAAGAUUGGCUCCAUGCACUUGCGUCCAGUCACCACUCCUUACGAGACCAAGGGCGCUCUCCAGCCCAAGCGAUACAAGGCUCACAUCAUGGGUACGCAGUACGUCUACGAUUUCCCAGAGCUGUUCCGCCAGGCCAUUGAGAAUGAGUGGAACUCCAUCGCUGCUCAGCACCCUGGCAUGAAGGAGAAGCAACCAGUCAAGGGCGAGUGCAUUGAGUACAACGAGCUUGUCAUUGACGACAACGACAACCUGGCCGAGGUCAACCGCGAGCCUGGCGCCAACACCAUCGGUAUGAUCGGUUGGAUUGUAACAGCCAAGACUCCCGAGUACCCACGUGGCCGUCGCUUCAUCAUCAUUGCCAACGAUAUCACCCACAAGAUUGGUUCGUUCGGUCCUCAGGAAGACAGGUUCUUCCACAAAUGCUCGGAGCUUGCCCGCAAGCUGGGCAUUCCUCGCAUUUACCUGUCUGCCAACUCUGGUGCUCGCAUUGGUAUGGCUGAGGAGCUUAUUCCACACUUUUCCGUCGCCUGGAAGGAUCCCAACCGACAGGAGGCUGGCUUCGACUACCUCUACCUCACUCCUGAGAAGAAGGCUCGCUUCGAGGAUGGCGCGCUCAAGCACGUCAUCACCAAGGAGAUCAAGGUCGGCAACGAGACUCGACACCAGAUCACCACUAUCGUUGGUGCUGAGGAGGGUCUCGGUGUUGAGUGUUUGAAGGGUUCUGGUCUCAUCGCUGGUGAGACUUCUCGUGCGUACGAGGACAUUUUCACUUGCACGCUCGUCACCUGCCGUUCCGUCGGUAUUGGUGCCUACCUUGUCCGUCUCGGCCAACGUGCGAUCCAAAUCGAAGGCCAGCCCAUCAUCCUCACUGGUGCUCCCGCCAUCAACAAGCUCUUGGGUCGUGAGGUCUACACCUCCAACUUGCAGCUUGGUGGCACUCAGAUCAUGUACAAGAACGGUGUUUCGCACAUGACUGCCAACGACGACUUUGAGGGUGUCUCCAAGAUCGUCAAGUGGAUGUCGUUUGUUCCGGAGAAGAAGGGCGCUCCAGUGCCAAUCUCGCCUUCCGCCGACACCUGGGACCGUGAGGUUACCUUCUUCCCACCUCAGAAGGCUCCUUACGAUGUGCGCCACCUCAUCGCUGGUCAAGAGACUGCUGACGGCUUCAAGAGCGGUCUUUUCGACAAGGACUCCUUCGAGGAGGCUCUUGGCGGAUGGGCUCGCACUGUCGUUGUUGGUCGUGCUCGUCUUGGCGGUAUCCCAGUCGGUGUUAUUGGUGUUGAGACUCGCUCAGUUGAGAACGUCUCGCCUGCCGACCCCGCCAACCCCGACUCCAUCGAGCAGGUCACCAACGAGGCCGGUGGGGUGUGGUACCCCAACAGUGCCUUCAAGACUGCACAGGCCAUUCGCGACUUCAACAAUGGUGAGCAGCUGCCAUUGAUGAUUCUGGCCAACUGGAGAGGUUUCUCUGGUGGACAGCGUGACAUGUACAACGAGGUCCUGAAGUAUGGAUCGUACAUUGUCGAUGCGCUCGUCAAGUAUGAGCAGCCAGUGUUCAUCUACAUUCCGCCGUUCGGUGAACUUCGUGGUGGUUCAUGGGUCGUCGUCGACCCCACCAUCAACCCAGAGAUGAUGGAGAUGUACGCCGACGAGGAUGCUCGUGGUGGUGUCCUCGAGCCAGAGGGUAUCGUUGGAAUCAAGUACCGCAAGGAGCGACAGCUUGAGACCAUGGCACGCCUCGACCAGACCUACGGCGAACUCAAGCGCCGAUCACAAGACAAGAGCCUCACUCCUGAGCAACAGAAGGAGGUUCAAGCCAAGAUGACCGAGCGCGAGAACUUGCUUCUGCCAGUUUACCUCCAAGUCUCCCUGCAGUACGCCGACCUCCACGACCGUGCUGGUCGCAUGAAGGCCAAGGACACGAUCCGCAUGCCACUGCAGUGGUCCCAGGCCCGCCGCUUCUUCUACUGGCGUCUGCGCCGCCGUCUCAACGAGGAAUACGUCCUCAAGCGCAUCGCCACGUCGCAGUCCAAGGAGCUCGUCAGCCGAACCAACAUUCUCAAGAUCCUCGAGUCGUGGUCCAGCCUGCCCAAGUACAGCACCGACGACAUGUCGGUGGCGGUGUGGUUCGAAGAGAACCGCAAGACGAUCGCGGACAAGAUCGAGGCGAUGAAGACGGACGCCAUCGCGUACGACGUCGCGGCGCUCAUGCGCAGCCACAAGUCGGGCGGUCUGAAGGGUGUGGCGCAGGUGCUGAGCAUGCUGCCGGUGGACGAGAAGGAGGAGGUGCUCAAGUGGUUGGCGAAGGCAUAG